AUGAUAUCUCGCUCUGGUGAUGUGAGUGAGGGGCAGCGCCCCCUCACCCCCUCCAGGACGCCCGGCACGCCAAUGAAGCCGCGAUUGGCUCGAGUGCAAACAAGCCCAGCCAAGCGCGAGGAGAAGAUCAAAGACGAUAAAGUGAUUAAGUCAUCCGCGAAGGAUGUUGCGGAGCUGAAAGAUUAUCAACUCGGCGAUUGUUUGGGGAAAGGUGCAUUUGGAUCGGUCUAUCGGGCGCUGAAUUGGAAUACCGGAGAGACUGUUGCCGUGAAGCAGAUCAAGCUGACGGAUCUUCCCAAGAGCGAGCUGCGUGUUAUUAUGCUGGAAAUUGACCUCCUAAAAAACCUCGAUCACCCGAACAUUGUCAAGUACCAGGGAUUUGUGAAGUCUGUUGAAACUCUGAACAUCAUCCUUGAGUACUGUGAGAAUGGCUCACUACAUUCGAUCGCAAAGAAUUUUGGCCGAUUUCCAGAGAACCUGGUCGGGUUGUACAUGUCUCAAGUUCUUCAUGGCCUUCUGUAUCUCCAUGAACAAGGUGUUAUCCAUCGAGAUAUCAAGGGUGCCAACAUUUUGACUACGAAGGAGGGAUUGGUGAAAUUGGCUGAUUUCGGCGUGGCGAGUCGGACGACUGGCUUGAGCGAAUCGAGCGUCGUCGGUACUCCCUACUGGAUGGCCCCCGAGGUCAUUGAACUUUCAGGCGCAACUACCGCUUCCGAUAUCUGGAGUUUGGGAUGCACGGUCAUUGAGUUGCUGGAGGGAAAGCCACCCUACCAUAAUCUCCAACCCAUGCCAGCGUUGUUCCGCAUUGUCAACGAUGACCACCCUCCACUUCCACAGGGGGCCUCGCCGGCUGUGAAAGAUUUUCUGAUGCAAUGCUUCCAGAAGGAUCCUAACCUUCGUGUCUCUGCGAGAAAAUUGCUUAAACACCCUUGGAUUGUCAAUGCGCGCCGGACCGAUUCCGUCAUCCCCAAAAAAUCCACAGAGUACGAGGAGGCUGUUAAGAGCGUUCAAGAGUGGAAUGAGGCUUUGCGAUCACCUAAUGCGGGGACCUCUAGGAGAACAAGCAAAUUUGACCCAAGCACGGCUUCCCUCCCUGGUGGUCGGAAUACCUCGCUGGUAGAUACCUUGCCCUCUCCCACCUCAAUGAAGACGGCUGAUCGGUUUCGAUCGCCCGAAUCUGCUGAAGAUGACAAUUGGGACAAUGACUUUGCCACUGCGAUAUCUCCAAGCGCUCUUCAACUGCCUCACCUGCGGCCGCAUGACAAUUUUGGUGGUAUGCUGUCAUCAGAACGCCUAAAGGCCUUUGCAUCGCUUGAUGGGACCAUGAUGAGACCAGAUGAUAGCUUUGAUGAGUUCGAAGAUGCUCUAGAGAACGACUCACUGCAGACAAUACGGCCGCUGCCCUCCAGGUCAUCAGCUGUCGAGCCAACAAAAUCUCAAAGUCCAACUCGACGCCAAUCCGGCAGACCCCAAGCAUCUGCUCUGCAGAAUGUUCCUGUUUUAACCCAAAAUCCCGUACCCCCAUCGCGUCGAGCUCGUCCUGCUGUUCUUUACAAGGAAAAUUCUGUCGAGGACUAUACGGAUUUGAUCGCAGCAAACGAAGAUGUCUUGGAUUGGAAACUUGGUCCCAUUCAGGAACCGGAUGAAGACCCUGACUCUCCUACUCACGGGGGAUACAAUGCAAUUGACGACGGUAGAAGUGGGCAACAUCCCCAGUUGCGCAAACAGCUUUCUGUGAAGCGGGACCGACCUACAAUUGAAAUUCACAAAUUCGCAGAGAACGAGAACGACGAGGACUUCUCGGAUAUCAUUGGGGCUGAUCAAGUCGCUCUGGACAAGCCGGAGAGCGAAAAUGGCUCUGACAAUAGCACCCUGAUGCUGAACUCCAAGUUAUCUAAUAAUUCAUGGCUCGGAGACCAGGAUGAUGACGACGACCCCUUCGCGCAGUUAGAAGAGGGCUUUGAUGAAAUGGAUCUGGAAGCUAAUAUAGCGCGUGACAAGUAUGCACGUCUACGUAACCAAGUUGAGAGCUUAGUAGGCUCUUUGAAAACAUCCCAAGACGAGGAUGUCCUGGCAGAGAUCUCUGAGCAGCUUCUCACUAUCUUCUGUGAUCUUCCAGAGACGAAGAAUAUAAUCAUGAGUGCUCAUGGAAUGCUGCCUAUUUUGGAGAUUCUGGACACGUCCCGACACCGGGAUAUUGUCUUCUGCUUGCUCAGAGUCGUCAACGCUAUCAUCUACGAGGACUACGAAAUUCAGGAGAAUUUGUGCUUCGUUGGUGGUAUUCCCAUUGUUAACGAGUUUGCUUCGAAGAAGUACCCUCGUGAGAUUCGACUUGAAGCUGCUGCCUUUGUGCAGCAGAUGUAUCAAACUUCGACUCUGACACUGCAGAUGUUCGUCAGUGCUGGUGGCCUGAAUGUUUUGGUCGAAUUCCUUGAAGACGAUUACGAGGACGAACGCGAUCUCGUUUUGAUUGGUGUAAACGGCAUUUGGAGUGUGUUUGAGCUGCAGGGCUCAACCCCGAAGAAUGAUUUCUGUCGAAUUUUGUCGCGUAACUCUGUUCUUGAUCCUCUAUCUCUUGUUCUCAGUCGUGUUCUGGAUGAAGACGCCGAGGUAGCAGAAGUCAUCGAGGGGCGCAUUGCGAAUAUUUUCUUCAUAUUCUCGCAGGCCGAGAAUCAUGUAAAGGAAAUGGUGGCUGAGCGAACAGUCUUGCACCGUGUUUUAAAAGAGUUGCGACGAAUGUCACCUAUCCACCAGAUUACCAUGCUCAAGUUCAUCAAGAAUCUUUCCAUGCUUUCGACCACUCUAGACUCGCUGCAGAAUUCCAACGCCAUCGAUGUGCUAACCGAUCUGCUACGGUCGACAAUGAAACGGGUUCACUUUCGCGAGGUCUCGAACCAAAUUCUCAACACUAUUUACAACAUGUGCCGUUUGAACAAGUCCCGACAAGAAGACGCCGCACUCAAUGGUAUUGUACCAUUGCUGCAGAAGAUUGUCAAUACAGAGCGACCUUUGAAAGAGUUUGCCCUCCCCAUUCUCUGUGAUAUGGCACAGUCUGGAAAGGUUGGCCGUCGAGAGUUAUGGCGGGAUAAGGGACUUGCCUUUUACAUCUCUCUUCUUGCAGAUCCCUACUGGCAGGUGACUGCUCUGGAUGCUAUCUUCACUUGGCUCCAAGAAGAGACUGCUAAGGUCGAGGAGCACCUCCUGGACAAUCGCCAAGACAAGAUGUCUUUCACUGAUGCCAUCGUGCGAUGCUUGACAUUGUCGAAAGCGAACUCAUUUGAGAACUUACUCGAGCCUCUGCAAAAGCUUCUUCGAUUGAGUCCCCCGGUGGCAUCCACACUUGCGCGUCCGGAUCUGUUUACCAGACUCGGUCAAAAACUCCACCACAAUAAAGCUGCCGUUCGAUUGAACCUUCUGCGUAUCAUUUCGAGCAUUUGCGAUUCCAGCGAGCAGCAAGGCGGUCUGCUCGCCACUUAUGGCAUCUUGGACGCCAUCAGAGAACUUGAAAACGACCCAGCCAUUCUAGUCAGAGACAUGGCCGGAAAGCUGAUUCGAUCAAGUGACCUGAGUGAGUCCUACGGCCUCAAGCGCAGACCUACAAGCCGGAGGAAGAGCACCUCUACGACCCCGCCCAAUCCUUUCUCCGGCUCAACUCCCUCAACCCCAUCCUCGAACCGCACAAGCCAAUCUAGAGCAUUCCUCGAAGGCCAAGCCACACCCCGGCAUCCACGAAACGCCCUCAGCGGCUCAUCUCUGGCCUUACGACCUGGUAGCCGGGACGGCGCUCCUUUCAUCUCUGAACCCUGCCAUGAACGGCUUAACCGGCAGUGCGGUGCCACGAACGCGUCUCUCACGGGGCAUAUCCUCCAACCGACUCUCGCAUGUCGAGUUACUGGACGACGAUGGGAAAGCACCCAACUCACUCAGUCGUCGACCCUCAGUUAUUCCACGGCGGCGAAAACCUACCAUUGCUGA